GAUAAACAACAUGGCGUCCGACAGUGAUAGCGAAGAGGAUUUUGUGACUUAUGGGACUCCAUUGGAACCUCUGGAAGAAGAUGAGCCACUAAAGAAACCUGUUCCACUGCACGAUCAGACGGUGAAGGACGAGAAGGGGCGAUAUCAGAGGUUUCAUGGAGCAUUCACUGGAGGAUUUUCAGCCGGUUAUUUUAACACAGUUGGCACAAAGGAAGGCUGGGCCCCAUCAACGUUUGUUUCAUCUAGGCAACAGAAGGCUGAGAAACAUCAUGCCAGACCAGAGGAUUUCAUGGAUGAGGAGGACUUUAGCGAGCAUGGCAUCGCUCCCAGAGAGAUCACCACCAGUCAGGAGUUUUCGUCCAGUCGCAGAGAUGCGGUCAGAGAGAAGGCAAGGGCUGUUAAUGCUCAGGUGGCCUUGAUUCCUGGAGACACUCUGCUGGAGGAGUUGAUAGCACCUGCCAGGUCAUCCAUUGGGGUGGAGCUGCUGAGGAAGAUGGGCUGGAAGGAGGGUCAGGGUGUUGGGCCUCGGGUAAAGAGGAAAGCUCACCGACAGCGGACUGAUGGAGUUUCCAGAGUUUAUGGCUGUGCACUGCCCCCUACAGGAUCGGAGGACUCAGAGGACGAUGAUGAUGACGAAGAAUUUGCUCCAGAGAAUGUCACCUUUGCACCAAAGGAUGUGACUCCAGUGGACUUCAAUCCUAAAGUGGGGGUUCAGGGCCUGGGGUACCGUGGUCUGGACCCAGGCCUAGCCCUGCUGGGCAGAGGAAGUGCUGAACACAUCGACCUGUUCAGUCCGUAUUCUGAGAAGAGGAGUCGGCUGAUUGGAGAAGCACAGAGGGGAUCUCGGAGAGGAGGUGUGGCUGGACAGGCGUUUGGGAUUGGGGCCCUUGAAGAUGAUGAUGAUGAAGAUGUUUACCAUAGAGACUCCAUGUCCAAAUACGACAUGGUGCUGGGAGGAGAGGAGCCUGGAGACAGCCUGUAUGGCUGGACAGCUCCACAGGAGUAUAAGAAGAAAAGAGAAAAAAACAAAGAUGCUUCAUACCUCGGCAAAAUUCUGGAGGGAUUUACUCUGGCCCAGAAACCAGCAGAAGAAAAAACUAUCUUCCCUCCCCCUGAUCUGCCCCGGGACUAUCGUCCUAUCCAUCGUUUCCGUCCACCCGUAGAUAUAAGGCAUCUUUCAGGAGUCAGCCCUGCUCUGGCUGAGGCUCUGAGGACCUCCAGGGGCCACAUGGUCAAAGAAGAGCCUGAGCAAGGACGUCACCAAUUGGACUCCAGCCACCGGAGGGCGCUGCUGGGAGAAGACGCUCUUCAAGGUCCCAGUUCAGUUAUGGAGCUGCUAAGGCCUGAAGACAGGGAGCGACUGCAAAACCUCCGAAACUCCUCCACUGUACCCGCUACCAAAGCCCCCACCCCUCUUUCCCAUGAUACCUUGCAGUCAGCCACGACAUUGGCGGGGUCACAGGCAGCGAAGGUAGCUGGCUGCUGCAGCGUCCAGCAGCAACAGGAGGCUCUGGCAGCAUGGAAAGGAGUCCAGUCCACAUCACAGACCUUCAGACCGUUUGAGAAGAACCCCAGCAAACAGGCACGCUAUGAGAUGUACCUGAAUCACCUGAAACAGGGAGACAAAGAUGCCCUGGAGCAGAGUUUGGACCCGGCGGCAACAGAGUGGGAACGCAGCCGGGAGAGGGAGGAGUUUGUCCGAGCCUCCAUCUUGUACAGACCCAGCUCUUCUACCCUCUCUUCUCGCUUCACCCGUGGUAAACAAGAGGAGGACGAUGACAGCGUGGAGGUCAACAUGGAUGAGGAAGGUAAUGUGGAGGACAAACAAGCAGCUGCAAAGAUGAAGAUGUUUGGAAAACUAACCAGAGAGACUUUUGAGUGGCAUCCUGACAAACUGCUCUGCAAGAGAUUCAACGUUCCCGACCCUUACCCCGGGUCCAGUACUACAGGUCUGCUAAAGGUGAAGAGAGACAAAUUUUCAGUUUUCAACUUCCUGACUGUGGCCGAUAGCAGGGACCUACAAGCUCCUCCAAAGCCUCCAGAGUCUGGGAAGAGAUCUCGAUGGGACAUCUCAGGCCCAAAAAAAGAGGAAGCAAAGACAGAAGACCCACUGAGUGAGCUCCUAAGCUCUGCAAGAAACCAAUCUGAAUCCAAACCUGAAAAUGCCUCCAUGUCUUCCUUACCUCUCGUCAUCAGUACCAACCAUCAAACUCCAGAAAACAGAGCAGAGGAGACAGCAGAUCAGGAGGUGAGAAAAGAAGGUGAUGCAGAGGAAGCGGAGGAGGAAGAGGAGGAGAUCAGGCCUCCGAUGGAUCUGUUUAAGGCCAUCUUUGCUGGCUCCUCUGAUGAGAAGUCCUCGUCUUCAUCAGAGGGAGAGAGCGAGGGUGAGGAGGAAAGUGCAGACACAAAGAAAGACCAGGUCCAAGUGCAGCCGCAGUCAAUUAACCUUUUCAUUACGAACUCAUCCUCCUCUGUUGCCACAUCCAGCACUGAUUCCAGCACCACAUCACGCCAAUUGACAGCUGUGAGUUCAACUCAGAAUCAGGCACAAGAGGAGGAGGUGUUUGGUCCGAAGCUACCCCAAGCUUCAGCUGGUCUUUCCAGAGACGUUUCCACUCCCGUUUGUUCCCAAGUCGAGGGGAAACCAAGCAAGAAAAACAAAGAGAAGAAGCACAAAAAUAGGAAGCACUACAAACACAAGAAGGAAAAAAAGAAGAAGAAACCCAAGAAACACAAGAAGCACAAAGGGAAACAGCAGAAAAAGAGCAGGAAGGAGACGUCUAACAGCAGCUCAGAGGACAGUGACGAGGACAACAAUGGAAGAGAUGGGAAGUUGUCCCCUGAGGAGCUGCUCAGAAGACUUAAAAGCAUCAAGUCAUAUCAGACCUGGUGAAGAAGCUGAAGUGUCCUCUGUGAGGAAGAAGAAACACAUCAGUCGUCCCCGUCUUCUCUACUGGAAGUUGUUUUUUUUUUUUUUAACAAAGCAUUUUUUAAAUUUGAAUA